GGCUGUGCACAUCUCCUGGUGUGGCUGAAUGCGUCCCAGCCUUGCCUACAGCCAGCAGACUCGCUGUGCAGCAAGCUGUCACGUUAUGGACAAGCCAUUUCCAGCAGAGAGGUGUCUCUUCAGCCAGUACAUCAUUGCACAUUUGCUUGGCGCUAAAACAGUGAGUUUGUUUUUUUGAACCAAAGAAUGUGACCUUGCAAAUCAUUUGCAUUUUCACUCUUCUCAGUCUGUGUCCUAGACAUUCAUAGACCCUAACUACGGUUUUGGAAACAUAUGAAACUUAUUUUUCAUAUCAGCAAUAAAUCAUUUUCAAAAAACAAAAGGUUAAAUUACUACACACCUUUAUAAGGUUAGGGUUAGUGUUCCCACACGGCCAUAUCUCCAUGUUACAGCGCUUGUUUACAGAAGACAGACUGAAGACAGAGGCGACCACCUAAUUAGCUAUCUAGUGUGCUCGAACACCUGUGUGUAAGCGUAACUGGGGAGGAAGUGUAGCGGCAGUGUAGUUCGUCGGCUGGAGGCACACAGCCAUAUGGAUCUGUGCAAACCUGCUACAGGAAGUGUAUAUUUUUUAUUUGAAAUAUUAUUUCUCGCUGAUAUGAAAGAUAAGUUCCAUAUGUUUCGAAAACCGUAUCGUAAGUGAUGAUUAUUGACGUUUCUGUGUUGUAGUACACAUGGUUCCCACCGGUAAGCAGUGCUUAUAGCUGAGAACCCUUGGGAUAAGGCAGAAUGCCUUGUUAAUGCAUUGGCUUCUCCAGAGAAAUCUGUGUCCCAAAGAGGGAAUUGUUGCCUUCCAUCUCACUCUCAACCUCUCUCCUCCCAAUUAGAGAGCCUUGGACAGGACAGGCUGGCUGAAUUCCUGACACAUGUACAGACAGAGCAGACAUGGAAGCUCUGUACCAGACGUCUUACCAGGUACAUAUGUUAGGCUUAACAUGUUACUGUCAGUAAAGGUGCACUUGACCUAUUUUUCUGUCUCUGUGGAAGGCUACAAAUUCCAUUGCAUAAUGUAGCCUACAUUUCGUGAACAUGUGAAAUUUGCUGUGUGUUCAGAAUGCCAGUGCAGUAUGUUAUUGAAGAGUGGGAUAUCAGAGAUCUGACAUUGAAGAUGAGACCUCCUGUGUUUAUCCCCCGGCCUGAAACUGAUGUGCGGGAGAGUACACAAACACACACACACAUUCUUUCAUUCUGUGACAUCAGAAUUCGCAGUUCAGAGACAUGACAUUGUAUCAAGCUAUGGUUGCACGUCUGUCUGUGCAGGAGCUGGUGGGCUUAGUGCUUACAGAUCUCCAGGUGAAGCAGGGGACUGGAGUAAGUGAGGAUACCCAUUUUAGAUGCCUGGAAGUGGGCUGUGGCUCUGGUGCCAUCUCCCUCAGUUUGCUGAACAGCCUUCCACAGGUGAGCUCUAUUUUGCUCUUUUACUUUCCUAUUAUGUUCCGAGAUCUCUGAGCCCCUUCACUCAAACAACACCCAAAUCUUAGUUUUUUUUUCUCUCACUCUCUCUCUCUCGCUCUCUCUCUCUCUCUCUCUCUCUCUCUCUCUCUCUCUCUCUCUCUCUCUCUCUCUCUCUCUCUCUCUCUCUCUCUCUCAGCUCAGAGCAAUUGCUUUGGAUAAAAACAAGGAUGCUGUGAAUCUGACAAGAGAAAACGCACAUAGGUAAUCAUGAAAACACAGGAUAGAAAUAGUUUGAUACUUUGAUUAGCUACAUUGAUUUUGAUUUUAUGUUGUGUGAAUAUGUGCUAACAUAAUUGGCUGUAUGUUACAGUUUGGGGCUCCAGGACCGACUUGAGGUUCACCAUAUGGAU